AGACAAGUACAUCUCAAGUGCAUCUCCACUGUGAAGCCAUGUAAACAUCCACAGAUGGCCAUGAUCAUCAUUUGUACCGUUUGUGCGACGGUGAUGUUGAGAUACUGAGGUACUGAAAUACACGAGUGCGACGUCAAAAUCCGAGCAGGGGUAAGGUUAACCUCCAGGCUAGUCCCCGCACUAAUUGCUGGGACCUGACCCCAUCAUCAACCCUCACCAACAAAUCAAAUCACCACGACUCUCCUCCAAUGCCUCCAAUUUCUCCAAUUUCAAUUCCUACAACUCCUAGAAUCGUCAUAUAUUAUCAGACGCAACAUCAUGCCGAUGGCAGAUCAUGUUCAAUAUUACCUAUCAUCACCCAGCCAAACAUCGCGGUAACGCACGUAAACGUCGCGGCAAUCCAUCUCAAUGAUCCUCCGGGAAAUAUAACUCUGGUACAUCUGCCAUAUCCUCUGUACAAACAACAAUACUAACAAGUAAUAGAAUGAUCAUGUACCUCACCAUGAGCGCUACGUCACCAUGUGGGCAGAACUCCGCAUCCUCCAAGCAACUGGAAUAAAAGUAAUGGGAAUGCUUGGUGGGGCAGCCAAAGGUUCAUUCACUCGACUCGACCAAGACGAAGCCACAUUCGAACUUUACUACGUCCCUUUACGGAACCUUAUCCGUGAGCGUGGCCUCGAUGGUUUAGAUCUCGACGUUGAGGAGGAGAUGAAUCUGGCUGGAAUAAUACGAUUGAUUGACCGACUAAAAGCUGAUUUCGGGCGUGGAUUUAUCAUUACGCUCGCGCCUGUGGCUGCGGCACUGAUAUCUGAACGGCCUGAACAUAAUUUGAGUGGGUUUAAUUAUGAGGCUUUGGAGGUUAUGAGAGGAAGUAGUAUUGAGUGGUAUAAUACGCAGUUUUAUUGUGGAUGGGGCGAUAUGAGUAAGACGGCUGGAUAUGAUAUGAUGAUGAUGAGGGGAUGGCCUGCACAUAAAGUUGUGGUGGGUAUGGUUACCAAUCCGGGGAAUGGUAAUGGAUGGGUACCGUUUGAGCCACUCCGAGAAGUACUUCUUAAUCUGAAGUCCAGAUACCCUACAUUUGGUGGUGUUAUGGGUUGGGAAUACUUCAAUUCUUUACCAGGGGAUAAAGAUAGACCAUGGGAGUGGGCGGCUUGGAUGACCAAGGUUCUGGGUAAAUUACCGAUAUCCACACCUUCGGGGCCGAGUACGAGUACAAGUGCUGUGGCAGAUAAACAGAAGCCACUUGUCAACAACAAUGUAGAUGAUGAUCUCCAGGGGGAUGCUCCUUUACCUGCGGAAUUUGAGUACCAUUCCGAGGGACUUUGGGAAGAUUAAUGAUACCCCGUUUCUUGCAUAAAGAUAGUUAUAAAAUUGAGUUUUUUUAUUGUCGAAGUUUGCUGUUUCUUUAAGGAGAGCCAGUG